CAGGUGGACCAUCAAAGUCAAGUGUUCUGGUCUUAAAGAAACGAGAGGACACGUUUUAAAGCAAACUAGUCCUAAAGAAGUGAGUCUUCAACCUGAGGUGUCUGAGGAGACUCUGUCUGAGGAUGUUUCUGUGCUCAUAUUUGGUCAGGCUGUGACCAGUUCCUUAUUUCUGAACAGAUGAUGAGAUAAGCAGUUGCAUAUAAAGAGCUGGUUAUUCUCAGUUCAGAGCCCUGACGUGAGAAAGUUGAAGAUUCACAGAGAAGACAGAAGGAAGGUCAGUUUUGAGUCCAACUAUCCAAUGUCAGUGUAGUCCAUCUGUUCCCCUACAGCAGCAUCAGUGACACUUGUGUUUGAAUCUUUAGUCUCAUCUCAUCGACCUGAUCAUGAAGAUCCUGGCUGUCUGUGCUCUGGUCUGUGCCGUCAUGGCUCUGACUGCUGCUGCCGCCGGUGAGUAUGUCAAAUAUUGAUCAGUGUGGGGAAAUAUCAGGUCAAUAACUUCAGUUUCAAACUUUCCAGACGCUGCACAGGAGGAACAGGAGGAUGCAGAAGGUCAGUUCUUCUCUUUGUCAGAUUCUCAUUUCUCACAAUUAUAUAUUAUUUUAAUGUUGCGUAUUUUAUCCGAUCUCUCUGUGUGUUAAAACCUCGUUGUAAAAGUCUGAACUUCCCCUUGUGUCAUCGAAGCUCUGAUGAAUUAGUUGUGUAUACUCCGAUAUUUGUUUUAUUUUUCUCUUUUUUUCAAGUUAACUUUGUUUUAUCUUAGUUUGAGGCAAAAUUAACAAGACGUUUCAUAGCAACGCGGUAACUUGAAGAUGAAGACGCUGCGAAGACAGCAGCGAGGCGGGCGUCUGCUUUGACUCAAGGACAUUAGGGGCUGAGCCUGGACCCUUCAACAACAACAACAACAAAAAAAAAUCUUUAAUAAAAAGUUAUUGAUGAACAGUAACGACUGAAAUGGACUUUUUGUUGACUAAAAAUAUUCAGGGCUAAAAUUGGGACUGAGCUGAGCGGAGUUUUGUACUGAAGACAGAGACUAAAAUAGUUACUAUAAACAUUAACAGUGUGUCAUAUUAUAUAGAAGUAGAUUAUGUUUUUGGUGACGUGAGGUUUCAUGUGAUAUUUCUAUUCUACUCAAUGUUGAAUUAAAUCCUAUUUCUUCACGGAAAACUGUGUCAUUUUUUGGCAGUUUCACAAUUUCUACAUUAUUAUUGUUUUGUAUUAUAUUAUUUUCUGAUAUUAUUAUGUUUGAUUAAAUUUGACUCAUGGUAAAAAUGUUUUUUUGUAUGACAUUUAAUCUAGGUCUAUAUGUUAUGUUGUGUUUCUGUUAUUUCAUAUAUUACUUAUUUCUUUAUGUCGUACUGUGUCAUCUGCUCUAUAAAACGUUUGGAUGAUGCCGUAUUUAUCAUGUUAUUUACUUAAACUGUUAGAUUCUCACAGUAAAACAUUUUCUGAUCAUUUAUUCUGUAAUUAUGAUUUAAGAAAAAGUGUUUUUGUCUACGAGUUUGAUUAUUCAUGGAUAUGAUAUGUUUUACGUUUUUCUUGACUUGUUUUUCCUCCUCAUGUCCUUCAGAGGAGCUCACUCUGACGACGAGGACCUGGACUCGGAUCGGAAAUAGAACUUUCUUGUUCGUCCCCAGAAAGCUGAAUUGGGCUGACGCAGAGGUAUGAGCUGGUUUACCCGGAAACUACCUCAGCGGCCCCAAACUACUCAUAAUGAUUCUCUUUUCUGCUUUAGAGAAACUGCAAGACCAUGGAUGGACAUCUGGGAUCUGUGCACUCCCUUUGGGAAUAUAAUCUAUUAAGAAAUCUGAUCGUGACUGAUGGGGAAAAAGCCACAUGGCUUGGAGGCUCUGACAGUGAAGUGGUACGUCAAUAAUUUCAACACACAAAUCCUUUUAUAAGAUUCAGUUGUACUUGGAUAAAAAAAGUGAUGUCUUGAUGGUUCAUCCAACACACCCAUGUCCCCCUUUUUAUUAUCUUGAGCGUUUAUUGUAAUGUGUUUCUUAGGAAGGAAAGUGGCGCUGGAUAGAUGGGACUCCGUUCAAUUUUGAUUAUUGGUGCUCCGGACAGGCAGUCAAGGAUAAUCAGGACUGCUUGCAGAUCAAUUACAGCGGUGAUUAAAUAACUCUGAAGGAGAGGUUUACUUCUCAAUGUUUUUAACAAAGGAAGUGUCGGAGACAAUACACCUAACGAUGCUCUCUUUCCCUUGUGUUUACAGCUCGCAGAUGCUGGGAUGAUGUUGAGUGUACCCGCCGUCUUCCAUCUGUCUGUGUUGCAAACUAGAAAACUGGUUCGACCCAGAGAGACAGUUUUAGUCUCUUUAUCCUCUACUUCCUGUCUCUGUAACGAUGACACCGGGGUAACAAGGACACAAACCAUGCAAACAGGAGCUGGAUGACCUCUAAUAAGACUUAAUAUGUAACAGGAAGAACGCUUAAGCACAACCUAACUCCUUUGUUUUAACUCUUCUUUCUUAACUUGUGCAGAAUUACAAGCUUCAAUCAUUAAAAAAAGUUUUAAAAAAGUC